UCUCCUCUACCUGCAACAUUCUUGCUCCUUUGCGCCGUCUCGCCAUGGAUCCAAGCAUGUUUAUGGUCCUAGACCUCAAUACGGAUCCCAAUGACUUCAGCGCUCUCUGGCUUCUCGUACCCAUCUUUCUCAGGAUGCCCAGACGCUUCCAUCUACGGCUUGUGGCGUACCUCGAUCCCAUUUCGCUAGCAAGACUUGAGCGUGUCUGUCUUUACUGGCGUUACUUUCUCAGUGAUGAAGGUGAAGAGUGAGUGUCUCUACGAAAGAGUCCCGCGCUGACUUCAGACAUUAUGACAAGGCGCGUUUGAAGAUCUCAGAUCUUCCUGCCCAACUUCCCUCCUUCAUGUCCC